AUGAAUAAACCCACUUUCGUCUUCUCGCACGGUGGUUGGGUCACUCCCGUCGUUUUCGAUGCCGUGCGUGGCCGUCUGGAUACCCUCGGUUAUCCUUCUGAGUGCCCGGCGCACCCUUCUAUCGGCGCUGAGCCUCCUUCCCUGACACUGGAAGACGAUGUUGCCUCCCUGCGUAGGGUAUUGACGACUCUGGCAGACGAGGGAAAGGACAUUGUUAUUGUGGCACACUCCUACGGGGGUGUCGUAGCCUCCACGGCUAGCGAGGGGCUGGUGAAGCACUUUCGCGCGGAGAACGGGAAGCUUGGAGGCAUUGUGAAGGUGGUCUAUCUAGCUGCCUUUGCGCUGGACAAAGGACAAAGCUUGCUGGGAGGCGACUACAUCCAUGCAGACGGCGUCGGCAACGUUGGCUGGCAGGACUUGACCUUGGAGGAGCAAGAGAAAUGGAAUCAGAUCACAAUGCACACCUCACGUGCGGUCUUCUCGGGUGAAACCACUUAUGAGCCGUGGCGCGAUAUCCCCUGCUCCUAUAUCAUCUGCGAGCAGGAUCAGGCCCUGCUGCCAACUUUCCAGGAGUUCUUUGCCUCGAAAAUGGGCGGGCCGGACACUACCCACCGCCUGCCGAGCGCGCAUUCGCCGUUCUUGAGUAUGCCCGAUCGCCUGGUGGGUGUUCUGGAAGAGAUAGUGAAGGUGUAA